AUGUUCAAGCUCGACCCAGCAACGCUGCGCGCCUGGGAGGAACGAACCAGCCAAAAUGAAGACGUAAGUUACGAUGGCCUGAUUGAGUUUCUGUACCAACGAGUGCGUAUUCUGAAAUCCGUUUCAUCAGAUCUGCUACAACGGUCCCAAGCCAAUUCAGUAAGGUUGUCCGGUACUCAACCACCCCCCAAAAAGAGUUUUCUGCACAGGACAGUUGCUAAUGCUGUCGCCUCCCAAAGUAAGCCGUCGCCGCCAUCGUGUCUUGCCUGUCCCCAGAGCCACUAUUUGUUUCAGUGUACAGCUUUCGAGAAAAUGUCAGUUGCGCAGCGUCGCGAGCUGAUUUCCCAGCGAAGGUUAUGCUGGAAUUGUUUUCGUACCGGUCAUCAAGCAAGGAAUUGUGAAUCCAAAUUCUCGUGUCGUGUAUGCCGUGACCGUCAUCAUACGUUACUGCAUGAUUCCUCUCCAUCCAACAAAAACUCGUCAACUCCAGCAGUUACAGUGUCCACAUCCGAGCAGCAGCAAAAUCCGCCUUUGUCGGCGCUUCCAGUAAAGCCAGGACCAUCCAAUGUUCAAGUUAGUUUACCGGUUCAGUCCCAUCCCAGCACAGUUUUGUUGGAAACAGUCGCUCUCCACAUAGUCGAUGAUUAUGGAAACGUUUUUGAAGCUAGAGCGCUGUUAGAUUCCGCUUCGAUGUCGAACUUCAUUUCAAAGAAGUUAGCAACCCUGCUUCGCAAUCGUCAAACCAAAAUCAACGUUUGUGUUGCAGGAAUUGGUCAGUCAGUGAAAAGGUUGAAACGCACGGUCACCGCGACCGUCAAAUCUAAAGCUUGUCCAUUUUCCACGAAGCUUGAGUUUUUGGUCAUCGAUACUCCUACGAACGAUUUACCCACUGUACCCGUGCAAAUAAGUUCCUGGAAUCUGCCAAAUGUUACGCUAGCCGAUCCGCAAUUUUACACGUCCAGUCCAAUAGAUAUUGUCAUAGGUGGUGAAACAUACUGGGAACUACACACAGGGAAAAAGAUUUCCAUGGGUCCAAACCAGCCUCAAAUCAUCGAAACUCUUUUUGGUUGGACUGUUUCAGGGGCAACACUACAAGAUUGCUCAUCCGCAAACACAAAAUGUUUUGUUUCCUCUGCUGAUAGUAUGCUUGAAGAUGCAGUUCAGCGUUUUUGGGAAAUGGAGACAAUCAUCGAACAAAAUAUUCAUUCUCUACCCGAGAGGGCAUGUGAGGAUCUUUAUGAUGCUACCACAGUCCGUGAUUCCUCUGGUAGAUACGUGGUUCGUCUUCCCAAGGUAGGAAAUUCGGAAAUUGCACUAGGGAAUUCUAGAAUUACUGCUGAACGACGAUUGCGCAGUCUUGAACGACGGUUAGAUCGCGACAAAAACGUAAAAUCCGCUUAUCAUAAAUUCAUGCACGAGUAUGAAACAUUGGGACAUAUGAAACGGCUUAGUGAUCCUGUUGAUGAUUCUAUCGAGCACUGCUACCUCCCACACCACCCUGUAUUUAAGUUUUCCAGUACGACGACAAAGACGAGGGUGGUAUUCGACGCGUCAUGCAAAACAGCGUCCGGAUACUCGCUGAAUGAUAGUUUGCUAGUAGGCCCCGUUGUACAACAAGAUUUACUCUCAUUGAUUAUGCGUUUUCGCACCCACGCAGUUGCGUUGGUGGCCGAUGUGGAAAAAAUGUACCGACAGGUAAUGGUACAUUCUAACGAUCAGCCCCUACAAAGAAUAUUAUGGCGUUCAAACCCCAACGAACCUAUCGCAACAUAUGAACUACAGACCGUUACAUACGGUACAGCUUCUGCACCGUACCUUGCCACGAAGACACUUAAACAGUUAUCCAUUGACGAAAAACAUCAGUUUCCUAAUGCUGCUGAACCAGUAGCCGAAGAUUUUUAUGUCGACGAUUUUCUGUCUGGUGCCGCGGAUGCUCAAACUGCCCGUGUAAUUCAACAUGAAGUUUCCCAAAUGCUUAAGACUGCCGGUUUCCCUCUGAAGAAAUGGGCUUCGAACUCAGUGGAGGUGUUGGAAGGUAUCCCACCUGAUGACCGGGCCAUUCAACCAUUCUUCGACAUUCAGGAUGAGCAAUCCAUCAGUACCCUUGGAUUGAUAUGGGAACCCAAAACUGAUACGCUUCGAUUUAAAGUAGAAUUACCUUUGCCAGCGGCUGUUUUGACUAAACGAAACGUGAUGUCCUACAUCGCUCAAAUUUUUGAUCCGCUAGGUUUGGUAGGUCCAACUAUCAUGAAGGCUAAAUUGUUCAUGCAGCGUUUGUGGGCGCUAAGAUCUGCCGAUGGCCUACGCUUUGAAUGGGAUCAACCAUUGCCACUGAAGCUCCAAGAUGCGUGGAAAGAAUACCAUUCCACAAUAGAUGUUCUGUGUCAGAUCAAAUUUCCUCGAUUCGUGUCUUUGCCUCUCGCAACCAGCUUUGAAUUACAUUUCUUCGCUGAUGCUUCCGAAAAGGCGUACGGAACGUGCUGUUACGUCCGCACUAAAACAGCAAACCAUAUUUCUGUUCAGCUUAUGGCGUCAAAAUGCAAGGUAACGCCGCUUUCAACCCAUCACACGAUCGCAAAGCUAGAGCUUUGUGCCGCCCGCUUAUCCACCCAGCUUUAUAAGAAAGUUAUCGCGGCUAUAAAAAUCUCACCCACUGGAAUCCAUUUUUGGUCAGACCCCACCACGGUUUUACAAUGGCUACGUUCACCGCCAGGCCGUUGGAAGACGUUUGUAGCCAACCGCGUGUCCUACAUCCAGCAACACACCUCCAUUGACAGCUGGAAACACAUCGCCGGUAUAGAAAACCCGGCAGAUGAUAUCUCUCGAGGAUUGAGUCCUACAGAAAUCGUAAACUAUGCCAGGUGGUGGUCCGGACCAUCUUGGCUUUCCCUAACGUCAGAACGCUGGCCCACCGGAGCGCUACCGGCCGAUGAAUUACCGGAAACCAGAACCGAAGGCAGAAACGUUCCGUUAGUCGCUGUGUCGGCUACGCAAUGCAGCUUCAGCGAUUAUUUGUUUGCACGGUACUCGGAUUAUUCUAAAUUGCGAAGAACCACGGCUUACUGCCUCAAAUUUCUCCAACAAUUACGUAAACGCACCUUAAUUCGUCGCGACCAUCCACAAAACUACAUUAAGCUCAUUCCUCGUCGCAUAAAAAUACAACCGUCCCAUGCAGUUAAUACUGACGAAUUAAUCUCAGCCGAUAUGGUACUGUGCCGUAUGGCGCAACGAGACAGUUUUUGGGAAGAACACAAUAAUCUCGUGAACGGACUUCAAUUGGCCAAGCCCAACACCUUGAAAUGGCUUAAACUCUACAUGGACUCAGCAGGCAUCAUUCGAGUAGGCGGUCGCUUGACCAACCUCGAUCUACCCGAAUCAUCCAAACACCCGAUAGUUUUGAAAGCGAGUCACCCCUUGAGCGUCAUCAUAGCCAACCACAUUCACAAAAUUCUUCUUCAUGCUGGUCCUCAACUAAUGCUGGCCACUCUUCGCCAUAUAUAUUGGAUUCUAGGAGGAAGAAAUCUUGUACGCCAAAUUUACCACAAAUGUCACACCUGCUUCCGCUGA